CUUCUAGCUUCGACAGAAAUUUCGGCUCGCUGCUAUUUUAGCUCGGAAAUAUUGUAAUAUUUUUAUUUUUUAUUUUAUUAUUUCUUAAAAAUUAUUAAAACUUAACCGAUAAUUAACGAACGAAUCACUGCAUAACGCGUUAACGCGCUGAGGAGUUUCGGCGGUUGUCAAGAGAAAUUUGAAGAAAGAAAAAAAAACGUGUGAUCCAUCCCCAGGAGCAUAUAAUCGAAAGCGUAACAAAGUGCGGUGCUACUUCUAGAUAAUUUUAUAAAUCUACUCAGAUUUUAUGUGCCGUUGCUAUACUGGUGCUGCUGUUGCUACUUCAUAGGAGUAACAAGUUACAAAGAAAGGGGUUGGCGCAGCAUCUUUGCGUUCGCAUAGCCGCAAUUUGCAUCCACCUGUCCUGCACCCUCAAGGAGACGGAACGAGGGCGUCAGUCAGCGUCGCGGGGGGCGUCGCGACGGCCAGGGUGCGACACGCGCAUCGACCACGCGACGAAACAUGCUCGAGCGCACCCUUUAUUCGUAUGUCGUGGUGCUCUGAGAAGGCGAAUUCAUAUUUUGCUAAGAUUAUCAAGCAAAAUUAAGCAAAAUUAUUACGAGGAUUAUAAAACUCUGCGAGGAUGGCGGACAGCGAGGGCGGCUCCGAACAGGAUGACGUCUCCUUCCUCCGAACGGAGGAUAUGGUGUGCCUGUCCUGCACAGCGACAGGAGAAAGGGUCUGCCUAGCUGCAGAGGGUUUUGGAAACCGGCAUUGUUUUCUCGAAAAUAUUGCCGACAAGAAUAUUCCACCAGAUCUAUCGCAAUGUGUUUUUGUGAUAGAACAAGCACUAUCAGUUCGAGCGUUGCAAGAAUUGGUCACCGCAGCUGGUUCUGAGACGCAGCAAGACACUUUAGGCAAGGGUACGGGGUCGGGUCAUAGAACAUUACUGUACGGCAAUGCGAUCCUUCUCAGACAUCAGAACAGUGACAUGUACCUCGCGUGCUUGUCGACCAGCUCAUCACAUGAUAAACUUUCAUUCGAUGUCGGUCUGCAAGAACACUCUCAAGGUGAGGCUUGUUGGUGGACGGUCCAUCCUGCUUCUAAACAAAGAUCUGAGGGUGAGAAGGUCCGUGUUGGUGACGAUCUCAUCUUGGUCUCAGUAGCUACAGAACGAUACUUGCACACAACGAAAGAGAACGAUUUAUCGGUUGUGAAUGCCUCUUUUCACGUCACUCACUGGUCGGUACAACCCUAUGGCACUGGUAUAAGCCGCAUGAAAUACGUUGGCUACGUUUUCGGGGGUGAUGUGCUCAGAUUUUUUCACGGAGGUGACGAAUGUCUCACCAUACCAUCGACAUGGAGCACCACAGCUGGCCAAAAUAUGGUAAUUUACGAAGGUGGCAGUGUCAUGAGUCAAGCACGAUCUUUGUGGAGGCUUGAACUGGCCAGGACCAAAUGGGCCGGUGGUUUUAUAAAUUGGUCACAUCCGAUGAGAAUCAGACAUCUUACAACUGGUCGUUAUCUCGGUGUUAACGAGAAUAACGAAUUAUACUUAGUCGAUAGAAACGAGGCCACGAUUGAAACGUCUACAUUUUGGUUGCGGCAAGAAAAAGACGACCAAAAAACGGUCCUGGAAGACAAAGAUCUAGAAGUUAUUGGGUUGCCGAUUAUUAAGUACGGUGACUCGACUGUUAUAAUGCAGCACGCCACCACGUGUCUUUGGGUUUCAUAUAAAUCUUACGAGACAAAAAAGAAAGGUGUAGGAAAAGUUGAAGAGAAACAAGCGGUUUUACAUGAAGAAGGAAAAAUGGACGACGGGCUCGAUUUUUCACGUUCCCAAGAAGAAGAAUCACGAACGGCUCGCGUUAUCAGGAAAUGUAGCAGUUUAUUCACUCAAUUCAUAACGGGUCUGGAGACUCUUCAAAUGGAUAGGCGAGCAUCGAUGUUCUUCCAAAACGUAAAUCUGAACGAGAUGGUAAUGUGUCUGGAAGAUUUGAUCAACUACUUUGCCCAGCCGGAAGAAGAUAUGGAGCACGAGGAGAAACAGAAUAGAUUCCGAGCAUUGAGAAACCGUCAGGAUCUCUUCCAGGAAGAAGGAAUUUUGAAUCUAAUUCUGGAAGCUAUAGAUAAAAUAAACGUUAUUACGUCACAAGGUUUCCUGGUCGCACUUUCUGGGGAUGAAAGUGGGCAGUCGUGGGAUCAAAUUUCAGGCUAUCUCUACCAACUACUAGCCGCUAUUAUUAAGGGUAAUCACACGAACUGUGCACAAUUUGCCAACAGCAAUCGUCUUAACUGGUUGUUCAGCCGUUUGGGAUCACAAGCUUCCAGUGAAGGGACAGGAAUGUUAGACGUGCUGCAUUGCGUUCUGAUAGAUUCACCCGAAGCUUUGAAUAUGAUGCGAGACGAGCAUAUUAAGGUAAUAAUAUCUCUGCUCGAGAAGCAUGGAAGGGAUCCCAAAGUUCUUGAUGUAUUGUGCUCGUUGUGCGUCGGUAACGGAGUCGCAGUGCGUUCAUCGCAGAAUAAUAUCUGCGAUUUUCUGCUACCCGGAAAAAACUUACUGCUACAAACUCAGCUGGUUGACCAUGUGGCCAGCAUAAGACCGAAUAUAUUUGUUGGCAGAGUCGAGGGUUCGGCUCUGUACCAAAAAUGGUACUUCGAAGUCACCGUGGAUCACAUCGAACAAACCACUCAUAUGAUGCCGCAUCUUAGAAUCGGUUGGGCGAACACAGCAGGGUAUAUGCCAUACCCCGGCGGUGGUGAAAAAUGGGGGGGUAACGGGGUUGGAGAUGAUUUAUAUUCGUUCGGGUUCGACGGAGCUUAUCUUUGGUCAGGUGGGCGAAAGACCCAAGUAGUACAGGACGCUACGGAGCCUUAUAUAAAAAAAGGUGACGUUAUCGGUUGUGCGUUGGAUUUGACGAUUCCGGUGAUAACGUUCGCCUUUAAUGGAAUGCACAUAAAAGGUUCAUUUAGAAACUUCAAUUUGGACGGAAUGUUUUUCCCAGUGAUAAGCUGCUCGUCGAAACUAUCGUGCAGAUUUUUACUUGGCGGUGAUCAUGGCCGUUUGAAAUUUCAACCGCCGGACGAGUUUUCACCGCUCGUCGAAAGUCUAUUGCCACAACAGAUACUAUCUUUGGAUCCGUGUUUCUAUUUUGGAAAUAUGAGCAAGGUGACUCUUGCCGGACCUUGGCUAGUUGAAGAUGACACAGCUUUCGUUCCAGCUCCCGUAGAUACGUCCAUGAUCAAUUUACCGGCCUAUAUAGAACAGAUAAGAGAUAAACUAGCUGAAAAUAUUCACGAAAUGUGGGCUAUGAAUAAGGUAGAAGCUGGCUGGAUAUUUGGAGAACUUAGGGAUGAUCUUAGAAAAAUACAUCCGUGUAUCAUACAGUUCGAAAGGCUUCCCGCGGCUGAAAAACGUUACGAUACUCAAUUGGCCGUUCAAACGUUGAAAACUAUUUUGGCUCUGGGUUAUUACAUCACCAUGGAUAAGCCUCCGUCGAGAAUCAAGACCCUUCGACUACCGAACGAACCUUUCAUGCAAUCAAACGGCUACAAACCAGCUCCCUUAGAUCUUGGCGCGAUCACAUUGACUCCAAAAAUGGAGGAACUCGUGGAUCAGUUAGCGGAAAACACUCACAACUUGUGGGCGAAGGAGAGAAUCAGUCAGGGGUGGACUUACGGGUUGAAUGAAGAUUCGGAAAUGAGAAGAAGCCCCCAUUUGGUACCUUAUCUCAAGGUCGACGAAGCCAUUAAAAAAGCUAACAGAGACACGGCUAGUGAAACUGUCAGAACACUACUUGUUUAUGGAUAUAUGCUGGACCCACCGACCGGGGAACAGCACGAAGCCUUACUUUUGGAGGCGAGUAGACUACGUCAACUCUUGUUCCGAACUUAUCGAGUGGAAAAGAAUUACGCUGUAACGAGUGGAAAAUGGUAUUUCGAAUUUGAAGUACUAACCGCAGGUCCCAUGCGAGUGGGUUGGGCGAAAUCCGAUUGCAUGCCCGGUAGCAUGUUGGGGAGUGACGAAAAUACUUGGGCAUUCGACGGAUACAACGUGACCAAAGUCCACUGUGGUGUGAACGAGUCUUUCGGUCACAAAUAUCAAGUGGGUGACGUAGUUGGCUGUUUCAUUGAUGUCCCAGACGGAAUAAUCAGUUUUUCAUUGAAUGGCGAGUUAUUAAUGGAUGCACUUGGUGGAGAAACUUCGUUCGCGGACGUUCAAGGUGAUUCAUUUGUGCCAGCUUUUACCCUCGGUGUUGGGCAGAAGGCUAAAUUAACUUUUGGGCAAGACGUAAACACCUUGAAAUUUUUUACGACUUGCGGAUUACAAGAAGGCUACGAACCUUUUUGCGUAAAUAUGAACCGCCCCGUGACCUACUGGUACACCAAAGAUCAGCCAAUUUUUGAAAACACCGACGACAUGGCUGACACAAAAAUUGACGUAGCGCGAAUCCCAGCUGGAUCCGAUACACCACCCUGCCUGAAAAUCUCGCACAAUACAUUCGAGACAAUGGAAAAAGCGAACUGGGAAUUCUUGCGACUAUCGUUGCCAGUUAUUUGUCAAUCGAAUUUCGUUACCGAAGGUGAAAAGUUGAGGAGGUGGCAAGACAUCAAAAUGCGCCAGAAUAGACUUCUCGCUGAACAAGCCGAACAAGCUCAGCACACCACACAAUCAGCCCAUAUGGAGCAAAUCAUAAAGUCUGGAUUUAGCAUGAGCGAUAUUAAAGGUCUCCAACGAAAUUAUUCCGAAGACGGUGUCGAGGCUGAUGAAAUGAUGAAAGAAUCUCCUCUUCCCAUUCAGCGGAACAAGCCAUCUAGGCCUCCGAGAAAAGGUUCAUUGUCUCGGUCAAACAUGUACGGAUCCCGAAGCGGUACAAUGGAAAGAGCGACGAGUGAAGCCGAAGUAAACGGAUACGGAGAGAUGAACGGUGAUGGAAAAGAUGACAAGAAAAAACGAGGGCGAUCGCCUUUUCGCAAGCUUAGCAAAGAAAUGGAGGAUGUAUCAUUCUUCUCCCGUAAAACUAAAUCGCCAGAAGCAAAAUCAAAGACACCUGAACCUCUGAUGCGAUCGGACGUAUCCGAUAGAAGCGCUAAUAAACCACUACCCCUGGUUAGAGUUGGAUCAAGGCCAGCCCAAGUUCGAGUCUCAACUAAUGACUUGAAAGUCGUACCUCCACAAAUUCCGGAGCGUAACGCACCGAAACAAAUGUCUGUCCUUUCCGGUACUGGAGUAGAGGCGAUCGGAAAUGAAAUAUACGACUCGGAUUGCCUGAAAUUAAUGAACGAAUAUUUUUAUGGAGUAAGAAUUUUCCCAGGACAAGAUCCGACUCACGUGUACGUUGGAUGGGUCACCUCGCAAUAUCAUUUGCAUACCAAGGAUUUCAAUCUGUCGAGAGUCCGCAAAUCGACAAUCGUAAUCGUCGAUGAUUACGAUCGUCCGGUGGAUCAGGUCGAUCGGCAGAGCUGUUACAUGGUGAGGGCCGACGAAUUGUACAACGAAGUAACACAGGAUGCCUCCGGUAAAGGUGCCUCCCAAGGAAUGUUUGUUGGAUGUUUUGUUGAUAUAGCGACUGGCUGGGUAUCCUUUACCUGCGAAGGAAAGGAGACUAGUCAUAAGUUCAAAAUGGAACCAGACACUAAAUUAUUCCCAGCAAUAUUCGUCGAAGCAACGAGCAAAGAAAUUCUUCAAAUUGAAUUGGGAAGAACGUCAACGACAUUACCCUUGUCAGCUGCUGUAUUACAAAAUUCAGAGCGUCACGUUAUUCCUCAAUUCCCACCCAGAUUAAAAGUACAAUGUCUUAAGCCUCAUCAAUGGGCGAGAGUCCCCAACCAAUCUCUCCAAGUUCACGCGCUCAAGCUUUCAGACAUCAGAGGGUGGUCAAUGCUCUGCGAAGAUGCAAUUUCGAUGCUUGCGCUCCACAUUCCAGAAGAGGACAGGUGCAUCGAUAUCCUAGAACUUAUUGAAAUGGAUAAGCUUCUCAGUUUUCACGCCCACACGCUCACGCUUUAUGCAGCGUUGUGUUAUCAGUCGAAUUAUAGAGCCGCUCAUGCUCUCUGUCUACACGUAGAUCAAAAACAGUUGUUGUAUGCAAUCAGAACUGAAUAUAUGUCCGGUCCUCUUCGGCAAGGAUUUUACGACCUUUUAAUCGCUCUUCAUCUUGAGUCUCACGCCACUACGAUGGAAGUCUGCAAAAAUGAGUACAUCAUUCCAUUAGGGCAAGAGAUAAAGGACCUGUACGAAGACCCCGAGAUGAAGCACAGUUUAAGAUAUCUAGAAACAGAAUCGGUCAGACCGCAGAUGAAAAUGACGGAUAUCAAGGUACUUCCUUCUAGCGAGAACCAGAGCAUCGAAAAUAUUCGGAGUUUGUACAGUCCUUAUUUUCCACUCGACGUUGUUCGUGAUUAUGUGAUGAUGGCUCUUAAUGAAGCUGUGGAAGUCAAUCAAGUGCAUAAUCGAGAUCCUAUCGGAGGAAGCAACGAAAAUCUCUUUUUACCGCUCCUAAAACUUGUGGAUCGACUCCUGCUUGUUGGAAUGCUGAGGAACGAAGAUAUUUUCAAACUGCUUAUCAUGAUAAACCCCGAGACUUGGGAUCCCACUUUUGAAAAAGAGGGAAAGGAUGAGCAUAAAAAGGGGCUCUUGCACAUGAAAAUGGCGGAAGGUGCUAAACUGCAAAUGUGUUAUCUACUGCAUCAUUUGAAUGAUAUUCAACUUCGUCAUCGUGUCGAAUCCAUAAUCUCGUUCAGUCAUGAUUUUGUCGGAGAUCUCCAGUCGGAUCAACUGAGGCGGUAUAUCGACAUUAAACAGUCCGAUCUUCCAUCGGCUGUUGCUGCAAAGAAAACCAAAGAAUUCCGAUGUCCACCUCGAGAGCAAAUGAAUGCUAUUUUAGGAUUUAAGAACUUAGAAGAGGAAGAAAAAGAGAACUGUCCUUGCGGGGACGAAUUGCGUGAAAAGAUGAACGAAUUCCACGACGAUUUAAUGUCCUAUGUUUCCCUCCACGCGUUACAGGAAGCUGCGGAUGCUGCAAACGAGGUGAUAGAAAUUGAGAAACCCGGGGCUAUGAAACGAGUCUUCAAUUUCAUAAAUGCUGUCAAAGAAUUCGAGGAAGAACCUAAAACAGAACCUGAACCGGUCAAAAAAACUCCAGAAGAGGUAUUCCGUAAAGUACUGAUAGCGACCAUCGUCAAAUGGGCAGAAGAAUCUCAAAUCGAAACCCCAAAACUUGUGCGUGAAAUGUUCAGCCUUUUGGUACGCCAGUACGAUACGGUCGGUGAAUUGAUACGAGCUCUAGAAAAAACUUACAUAAUAAACAGUAAAACCAAGGAAGACGUUGCCGAAAUGUGGGUCGGGUUGAGUCAAAUUCGCGCAUUAUUGCCCGUUCAAAUGUCCCAAGAAGAGGAAGAGUUGGUUCGGGAACGUCUUUGGAAAUUGGUCAACAAUCACACGUUCUUCCAGCAUCCCGAUUUAAUUCGCGUUCUUAGAAUCCAUGAAAACGUAAUGGCAAUAAUGAUGAAUACGCUAGGAAGAAGAGCUCAAGCCCAAUCCGACGCACAAGCUCAGAGCCAGGCUGCGGAAGGUGAAACGCCCGUUAAAGAAAAAGAUACUUCUCACGAGAUGGUCGUCGCAUGCUGUCGAUUUCUUUGCUAUUUUUGCCGCACAUCCAGGCAAAAUCAAAAAGCUAUGUUCGAUCACUUUGACUUUUUAUUGGAGAACAGCAAUAUUCUGUUAUCAAGACCUUCUCUCAGAGGAUCCACCCCACUUGAUGUAGCUUAUUCUUCCCUGAUGGAAAACACGGAACUGGCUCUCGCGCUGAGAGAACAUUACCUGGAGAAGAUUGCUAUAUAUUUGUCUCGUUGCGGAUUGCAAUCGAAUUCCGAACUAGUGGAAAAAGGAUACCCUGAUCUUGGAUGGGAUCCAGUUGAGGGUGAACGCUAUCUAGACUUUUUGCGUUUCUGCGUCUGGGUUAACGGCGAAAGUGUCGAAGAAAAUGCCAAUUUAGUGAUACGGCUGUUGAUCCGUCGACCGGAAUGCUUGGGUCCUGCUCUUCGCGGAGAAGGAGAAGGUCUGUUGAGGGCGAUCAUGGAAGCGAAUAAAAUGUCGGAACGUAUAGCGGAUCGCAGAAAGCUCUAUAAACAGGUCCAAGACGAAGCAGAGGGCACAGCAAUGGUCAUGCAAUUCGAACAUCCCCUUCCAGAAUCAGACGACGAUGAAGAUUACAUCGAUACUGGCGCAGCUAUUUUGAAUUUCUAUUGUACCCUGGUGGAUCUUUUAGGACGAUGUGCACCUGACUCAUCCGUGAUAGAACAAGGAAAAAAUGAAUCCCUUCGAGCGAGAGCUAUUUUACGAUCACUUGUACCGCUCGAUGAUUUACAAGGCGUUUUAUCCCUUCGAUUCACUCUGCAAAAUCCAGCUGCUGGGGAGGAAAGGCCUAAAAGUGAUAUGCCAUCCGGAUUAAUUCCGGGGCACAAACAGAGCAUUGUUCUAUUUUUAGAACGUGUUUAUGGUAUUGAAACUCAAGAACUUUUCUUUAAAUUACUCGAAGAAGCUUUUCUUCCUGAUCUGAGAGCUGCAACGAUGCUAGAUAGAAACGACGGAUACGAAUCUGAUAUGGCAUUGGCCAUGAACCGAUACAUAGGAAAUAGCAUUCUACCACUGCUUAUCAAACAUUCUAAGUUCUACAAUGAAUCCGAUAAUUAUUCGAGUUUAUUGGAUGCGACACUGCAUACCGUGUAUCGUCUGAGUAAAAAUAGAAUGUUAACCAAGGGUCAACGUGAAGCUGUUUCUGAUUUCCUCGUAGCAUUAACCAGCCAAAUGCAACCGAGUAUGUUGCUGAAACUGCUUCGAAAAUUGACAGUGGAUGUUUCCAAGUUAUCGGAAUACACAACUGUAGCUCUACGGCUAUUAACCCUCCAUUAUGAUCGAUGUGCAAAAUAUUACGGCUCUACGAGUGGACAAGGAAUUUACGGAGCCUCGAGUGACGAAGAAAAACGUCUGACUAUGGUCUUGUUCAGUAACAUUUUCGAUUCGUUAUCAAAAAUGGAUUAUGAUCCGGAACUAUUUGGAAAAGCUUUGCCGUGUUUGACCGCAAUUGGCUGUGCCUUACCUCCCGACUAUUCUCUCUCGAAAAAUUAUGACGACGAGUGGUACGGCAGUAAGUCUGCAUCCUCUCAAUCUCCAGAUGGACCUUAUAACCCGCAGCCAAUUAACACAUCCAGCGUUGUACUGAACAACGAUUUGAAUUCAAUAGUACAAAAAUUUUCUGAACAUUACCACGAUGCUUGGGCUAAUCGAAAGUUGGAGAAUAGUUGGACUUACGGGGAACAAUGGUCCGAUGUUAAUAAAACGCAUCCUAGAUUAAAACCUUACAACAUGCUCAAUGAUUAUGAAAAAGAACGAUACAAAGAACCCGUAAGAGAGAGUUUAAAAGCAUUGCUUGCAAUCGGUUGGAGCGUAGAACACUCUGAAGUUGAUGUGCCAUCUACGAGUCGUAGCUCUAUGCGAAGAUCCUCAAAAAGUCAAGACACACAAUUCCAGACUGAUACGGCAAACCCGUUCAACUACAACCCCCAUCCAGUUGACAUGACGAAUCUAACAUUGAGCAGAGAAAUGCAAAAUAUGGCAGAACGUUUAGCCGACAAUGCUCAUGAUAUUUGGGCCAAGAAGAAAAAAGAGGAACUUAUUACGUGUGGGGGCGGCAUUCAUCCCCAGUUAGUGCCUUACGAUUUGCUUACUGACAAGGAGAAACGUAAAGACCGAGAACGAUCUCAAGAAUUUUUGAAAUAUCUACAGUAUCAAGGCUACAAAUUACAUAAACCAGUUCGCGGUAGUACAACUGACACAGAAGUUGCUGGUGCUGGAGCAGCAGUGGAAUUGAGAUUUGCAUAUUCUUUGCUCGAGAAAUUGAUUGCAUAUCUGGACAAAGCGACUAUCAAUAUGAAACUUUUGAAGCCUUCAGACACAUUCAGUAGAAGAAACAGCUUCAAAACUUCGACACGAGACAUCAAAUUCUUCAGCAAAGUGGUCCUACCAUUGAUGGAAAAAUAUUUCAGCACCCAUCGAAAUUAUUUUAUCGCUGUAGCCACUGCGACGAAUAAUAUCGGGGCUGCGUCUUUGAAAGAAAAAGAAAUGGUAGCUGCACUGUUCUGCAAGCUCGCCAGCCUGUUGCGAUCUAGGCUAGCUGCGUUUGGUGCAGAUGUUAGAAUUACUGUUCGAUGCCUGCAAGUUCUCGUGAAAGGGAUCGAUGCUAAAUCACUGGUGAAAAACUGCCCGGAAUUCAUUAGAACAUCCAUGCUAACGUUCUUCAAUAAUACGGCUGAUGACCUGGGACACACAAUAUUAAAUUUGCAAGAAGGAAAGUACAGCCACCUCAGAGGAACGCAUCUGAAAACGUCUACCUCAUUGUCAUAUAUAAAUAGCGUUGUCUUACCUGUACUCACCUCCAUGUUCGAUCACUUGGCAGCUUGUGAAUACGGCAGUGAUUUGUUGCUGGAUGAAAUUCAAGUGGCGUCUUACAAAAUGUUGGCUUCUCUUUAUACAUUGGGUAUUGAUGCGACUUUAACGCACGACCGGAAAUAUUUAAAGACCGAAAUCGAACGAAAUAAACCUAAUCUGGGUUCCUGUCUCGGGGCUUUCUCUAGUUGUUUUCCAGUGGCAUUUUUGGAACCACACUUGAAUAAACACAAUCAAUUUUCACUGCUAAAUCGAAUUGCCGAUCAUUCGUUGGAAGCGCAAGAUAUUAUGACGCGGAUGGAAUCCAGCAUGCCGACGUUAGAAACCAUAUUGGGUGAAGUUGAUCAAUUUGUAGAAUCUGAGAAAACUUACUCUGACGCUCCUCAUGUUAUUGAUGUAAUACUACCACUGCUGUGUUCAUAUUUACCUUUCUGGUGGGCUCAAGGUCCGGACAAUGUCAACCCAAACGAAGGAACGUACGUAAGCAUGGUGACGAGCGAUCAUAUGAAUCAAUUAUUGAAAAAUGUACUGAAACUAAUCAAAAAGAAUAUCGGUAACGAAAAUGCUCCAUGGAUGACACGUAUCGCAGCUUACACCCAACAAAUCAUUAUCAAUUCUUCAGAAGAACUUCUCAAAGAUCCUUUCUUACCACUCGCUGAACGUGUUAGAAAACGAACCGAUAAUAUGUUCCAUAAAGAAGAAUCGCUGCGCGGUUUUAUCAAGUCUUCUACCGACGAUACGUCUCAAAUAGAAGCGCAAAUUCAAGAGGACUGGCAGCUCCUCGUUAGGGACAUAUACUCGUUUUAUCCACUGUUAAUCAAAUACGUGGAUCUGCAACGUAAUCAUUGGCUACGCAAUAAUAUACCAGAAGCCGAAGAUCUCUAUAACCACGUUGCAGCAAUUUUCAAUACCUGGUCAAAAUCGCAAUACUUUCUACGAGAAGAACAGAACUUCAUUUCCGCAAAUGAAAUUGAUAAUAUGGUCCUAAUUAUGCCAACCGCUACCAGAAGACCGGCAGCCGUUUCCGAUGGAACAGCUCCAUCCGGAGGUGGAAAGAAAAAAAAAAAACACCGCGACAAGAAGCGAGACAAGGACAAGGAGGUCCAAGCAUCUUUAAUGGUCGCAUGUCUGAAACGAUUGUUGCCCGUUGGUCUGAAUUUAUUUGCGGGAAGAGAACAGGAACUUGUUCAACAUUGUAAGGACAGAUUCUUGAAGAAACUUCCUGAGUAUGAGAUCACAGAAUUCGCCACUACGCAGCUGACGCUACCCGACAAAAUUGAUCCGGCGGAUGAAAUGUCCUGGCAACAUUAUCUUUACUCGAAACUUGGGCAGAAGAAGGAUGUUACCGAGCCCGUUAAGGCUCAACAGCUCGACGAUGUAGUUACUAGAAUUGUGGCGAUGGCCAAAGUACUUUUUGGCCUUCAUAUGAUAGACCAUCCCCAGCAGCAGAGCAAGAGUAGCUAUCGCUCGGUGGUGUCUAUUCAGAGAAAGCGAGCAGUUAUUGCUUGCUUCCGUCAGACCUCCCUACAUUCCCUGCCCAGACAUCGGGCAAUCAAUAUCUUCGCAAGAACUUAUUACGAGCUCUGGCUGCAAGAUGAGAACGUAGGUCAAGAAGUUAUGAUUGAAGAUCUGACGCAAUCAUUCGAAGACGCAGAAUUGAAAAAAAUGGAUAAAACAGAAGAGGAGGGCAAACCUGAUCCCUUAACGCAACUAGUAACAACAUUCUGCCGUGGAGCCAUGACCGAACGCUCUGGAGCUUUACAGGAAGAUCCACUUUACAUGAGUUAUGCUCAAAUAGUAUCAAAAUCAUGUGGCGAAGAAGAAGAAGAAGGCGAGGAAGAAGGAGGAGGUGAAGAGGAAGGCGGUGCAUCGAUCCAUCGGCCCAUGCAUAAAUUGAUGGAACAAGAAAUGGAGAAACAAAAACUUCUAUUCCAUCAAGCCCGUCUCGCCAAUCGAGGAGUCGCCGAAAUGGUUUUACUACACAUUUCAGCCUGCAAAGGCCUCCCCAGUGAAAUGGUCAUGAAGACUUUAGAGCUUGGCAUUUCAAUUUUACGAGGUGGAAACAUCGAGAUUCAAAAGGGGAUGUUGAAUCAUUUGAAAGAAAAGAAAGACGUGGGUUUUUUCACAUCCAUUGCUGGACUAAUGAAUUCCUGCAGCGUACUAGAUCUAGAUGCUUUCGAAAGAAAUACCAAAGCGGAGGGUCUUGGAGUUGGCUCCGACGGUGCUGCGGGUGAAAAAAAUAUGCACGACGCUGAAUUCACUUGCGCCCUGUUCAGGUUCAUUCAAUUGACCUGUGAAGGCCAUAAUUUAGAUUGGCAGAAUUAUUUGAGAACUCAAGCUGGUAAUACGACAACGGUAAAUGUCGUCAUUUGCACCGUUGAUUACCUUCUUCGUCUUCAGGAGUCGAUAAUGGACUUUUAUUGGCACUAUUCAAGCAAGGAACUGAUCGAUCCAGCUGGAAAAGCAAAUUUCUUUAAAGCUAUCGAAGUGGCGAGUCAGGUGUUCAAUACCCUAACUGAAGUAAUUCAGGGACCUUGUGCCCAGAAUCAACAAGCUCUGGCACACUCCAGGCUGUGGGACGCAGUUGGAGGAUUCCUAUUUCUCUUUUCGCACAUGCAGGAUAAAUUAUCCAAACAUUCUAGUCAAGUAGAUCUUCUUAAAGAGUUGUUGAAUCUACAGAAGGACAUGAUCACUAUGAUGCUGUCAAUGUUGGAAGGUAACGUGGUGAAUGGCACAAUUGGAAAACAGAUGGUGGACACGUUGGUUGAGUCUGCGAGCAACGUCGAAUUAAUUUUAAAAUACUUUGACAUGUUCCUGAAGUUGAAGGAUCUCAUAUCGUCUCCUAGUUUUCUCGAAGUUGAUGUAAAUAACGAUGGCUGGGUAUACCCGAAAGAUUUUAAGGAGAAGAUGGAGCAGCAAAAAAGCUAUACGAGUGAAGAAAUUGAAUUCCUACUGGCCUGUUGUGAAACAAAUCACGACGGUAAAAUAGAUUACGUUGCAUUUAUGGAUCGCUUUCACGAACCGGCAAAAGAAAUUGGCUUCAACCUCGCUGUUCUGUUAACUAAUUUAUCAGAGCACAUGCCAAACGAGCCAAGGCUCGCGCGGUUUCUUGAGACAGCGGGCUCCGUGCUUAAUUACUUCGAACCAUUUCUGGGAAGAAUUGAAAUUCUUGGCGGUAGCAGAAAAAUCGAACGUGUCUACUUUGAAAUCAAAGAAUCAAACAUUGAACAAUGGGAAAAACCCCAGAUUAAGGAGUCCAAGCGAGCAUUUUUCUACAAUACAGUUACAGAAGGAGGCGACAAGGAGAAAUUAGAAACAUUCAUAAAUUUCUGCGAAGAUGCUAUAUUUGAAAUGCAACAUGCCAGUGCUUUGAUGGCUGUAGAAGAAAGCAGUGGUAUCGGAAAGGCGAGAGAAUCAUCGUACACUUACAUGACGGAAGAUGACGAUGAAAGAAAUAAAGAUCCCAUCAGAAGGGGCAUCCAGGCUUUUAAAGAUGGAGUUUAUUUCUUCUUCUCGAUGUUUUCGCCUACGAAUAUAAAGAAUAAAUUCUCCGAAAUGCAACAAAUGACGAUUCCAGAAUUAUUUAUUGGCUUCUUCAAAAUGAUUUUCUAUGCAUUUUAUUACUCCGGGUUUGGCGUUGGUUGCGUUAUCAGAUACUUCAUGAGAUUAUUGCUCAGCUUGAUGAGAGGUCCACAUAUCGACGAACCCAUAAUCGAGAUCAAAGAGGAAGAAGAGAAACCCUUACGCCUGCUUCCAGCAUUACCUCCAACACCCGAUGAGUCCAAUCUGCAGGUCCAAGCCUUUGGAAUGGACAUCACGAAAGAAGAAGGUGGUCAAAUAAAAAUAGCGCCCCAUGAAUCCGCUGCGUCUACACCUCAAUCGAGUAUGGAAGAAACUGGCGAAAGUACCCAAGAUGAAGGAGCAGGUGACGAUCAUCCUCGUGGAUCCGUGGAUGGUACUGCCGAAUCGGAGGGACCCGUGACCUUAGCAGACUUAUUGGGCGGAGAACAAGCCAGAGCACAAGCCGCAGCAACAGCGGAAGCAGCAGCGGCUCAGCAAGCAGCAAUGGCAGCUGUUGAAGCCGAAGCUAAACAAGAAACUACAACCGAACCCUCUACUGGAUCAAGCAUUGACCUUUCAGAAUACACUCACCGCAUCGUGUCUUUUCUUGCUAGGAAUUUUUAUAAUUUAAAAUACGUCGCUCUGGUAUUAGCCUUCUGUAUAAACUUCAUGUUACUAUUUUAUAAGGUCACUUCACUUGGCGAAGACGAUGACGGAAGUGGUAGUGGAGACCCAAUGGCUGACUUAUUAGCAGAGAUGUCAGGAGAAGGGUCUUCUGACGGGGAUGGUAGCGGUGGAGAAAGCGGAAGUGGUGGCGGUAGCAAUGGAAGUUCUGAAGAAGAGGGAGAUCCUCUGGAACUCGUAGAAGUUUCGGAGGACUUUUAUUACAUGGCGCAUGUAAUGCGAUUGAUGGCUGCCAUGCAUUCUAUCGUGUCUCUCGCUAUGCUGGUUGCAUAUUAUCACCUCAAAGUACCUCUGGCCAUCUUCAAGCGUGAAAAGGAAAUUGCGCGGCGAGUUGAGUUUGAUGGUUUAUACAUCGCGGAAACACCUGAGGAGGAUGAUAUUAAAGCACAUUGGGAUAAGAUGGUGAUAUCUGCCAAGUCUUUCCCUGUAAACUACUGGGAUAAAUUUGUUAAAAAAAAAGUACGUCAAAAGUACAGUGAGACGUACGACUUUGAUUACAUCAGCAACCUCCUUGGAAUGGAAAAAACCUCUUUCAGCCAACAAGAAGAAGAAGGCUCAGGAUUGAUACACUUCAUUUUGAAUAUCGACUGGCGCUACCAAGUAUGGAAGGCUGGUGUCACCAUCACCGAUAAUGCUUUCCUCUACAGCUUGUGGUACUUUACUUUUUCGGUGAUGGGUAAUUACAAUAACUUCUUCUUUGCUGCCCAUUUAUUGGAUGUCGCAGUCGGGUUUAAGACACUGAGAACAAUUCUUCAAUCAGUAACUCACAAUGGCAAACAAUUGGUAUUGACUGUGAUGUUGCUCACUAUAAUUGUCUACAUAUACACAGUCAUAGCGUUCAAUUUCUUCAGAAAGUUUUACAUUCAAGAGGAAGAUGAUGAAGUUGAUAAAAAAUGUCACGAUAUGUUAACGUGCUUCGUAUUCCAUCUAUAUAAAGGAGUUAGAGCUGGUGGUGGUAUUGGAGAUGAAAUAGGAGAGCCAGAUGGCGAUGACUAUGAAGUAUAUCGUAUAAUGUUCGACAUCACAUUCUUCUUUUUUGUCAUUGUCAUUCUGCUAGCUAUUAUUCAAGGUUUGAUUAUCGACGCUUUUGGAGAAUUGCGUGACCAGCUUGAAAGUGUAAAAGACAACAUGGAAAGCAAUUGCUUUAUAUGUGGUCUGGGAAAAGAUUACUUUGACACGGUUCCUCAUGGUUUUGACACACACGUGCAACAGGAACAUAAUUUAGCAAAUUACAUGUUCUUCCUUAUGCAUCUGAUCAAUAAGCCAGAUACAGAAUAUACUGGGCAGGAGACAUAUGUUUGGAAUAUGUACCAACAAAGGUGUUGGGAUUUCUUCCCAGUGGGUGAUUGCUUCCGAAAACAAAAUGAGGCUGUAGAGGAAGAAGCUAAGAAAAAAUAAGCCUCACAUUUUCGAAUGAUGAGGCAAUUGUUUAUUAAUACUCUUGAAUCUCCUCUGAUACGGCGGUGAAGUGAGGUUUGUAAAAAUUACGAUUGGUUAGAAAAUUCUAUGAUUUAAGGCGGUACCCUGGAUAUUCGAGUAAUUAUUGAAAAAUUACACGAACAAGAAGAACAACUAUUACCUCUCUACAAAUCCAACCGAUCCAUUCGGAUUGCUUUUUUUUUUAUUCUGAUAUAGCAAAUGAUUUUUAUUUUCUAAUUCAGCCGACCUUAUGAGUAUCCUGGACUAGCGACAAGCUUUCAUAAAUGUACUAUACUUUAUCUUCAGAUAUUCAAACAAUUCAAAUAUUUUUGUAACUCUUUAAUACCGAUCAAAGAUAUAAUCUGGUAACAGUGGAAUUAAGAAAAAAAUAAAUUCACAAGGUUCAUUCGUAUAUAGAUGGGUAAAGUUGCGAUAUUUUGAUCGCCUUACUUCUUGUACUUUGAGCUUGGGUAUAAUCAAACAACUACUGAAUUGAUAGCACAAAAACGUAGGUACGUUAGCAGUUGAUAGAUUUAGUAUUACAUUAUGGUUUCAUUAAUCAGCAAAACGAUCAAGUCGUUAGUUUUCUUAUAUAUCUAUAAAAGCCGACGGAAUUAUUGUUAAUUAUUCACCGUAUAAGAUUGCCAAUUUUGAAAAAUACUUCAUAAUUAAUUUUAAUAUACAUAAUACAUUUUAAAAAGAUAAUAUAAACAUUGUACGCUGCAGUUUAAGAUUAUUAUUGAUGACUGAGCUAAAAUGUUAUAUCGAUAAAAUUUGUCAAGAUAUUGUAAAUAAAGAUUUUUCAGCAGCGUUA